AUGGUUUUAGUUCAAGAUUUGUUAAACCCAGACCCAUCAACUGAGGCUCAGAAGCAUAAGCUUAAAACUUUGGUGCAGUCUCCAAGAUCCUACUUCAUGGAUGUGAAGUGCCCAGGAUGCUUGAAGAUCACUACAGUUUUCUCCCAUGCUCAAACUCCAGUGACAUGCGACUCAUGCUCUACUGUUCUUUGCACACCAACCGGUGGUAAGUGCAGAUUGACCGAAGGUUGCGCAUUCAGAAGAAAAUGA